AUGUCUUCAUCCAUGAAGAAUGCUUACAGCGAUAUCAAAAAGGACGGAUGUGGCGGUAUUCCGACCAGAUUUGUGGUCGUUUUGGUGGCCGCCAUAUCCAAUACGCUGUCGUACACUAUCCGCACUAAUAUGAGUGUCACUAUUGUAGCCAUGAUUAAUGGGACACAACUUCGGGAGAUAAACGACAAUAAUUAUACGCAUAGUGUUGUCGUCGACCCGUCAGACACCUGUCCCUACAGUAGCGAAGAGCAGAAAUCGCAGGACACGAUGGGAGCGUUCACCUGGUCAGAAUCGAUGCAGGGCCACAUAUUGGGCAGUUUUUAUUACGGGUAUAUUGCCACUAAUAUUAAUGGCGGACAAAUGGCCGAUAGGUUUGGUGUGAGAUAUUUAUGCGGUUUUGUGACACUUUCAUCGGCUAUAUUGACAUGUUUGACGCCAAUUGUCUCGUAUUGGGAUCCCAUAGCACUCAUUAUACUCAGAGUGAUUACCGGAUUAGCUCAGGGCAUAUUAACGCCGGCCAUCUAUGCACUACUGGCCCAAUGGAUACCCCGUCACGAGCGAGGAGUGGUGUUGGCGCUGAUACAAGUGGGCGGCAAUUUCGGUGCCGUCAUAGCGAUGCCUCUGUCGGGCUAUCUGUGCAAAAACGGUUUCGCCGGCGGCUGGCCCUCAGUCUUCUACGUGAUCGGCAUCUGCGGUGUGCUGUGCUUCGCGGUGUGGAUGUACUGCGUGUACGACACACCCGCACAACACCCCCGCAUAUCCGAGUCGGAGCUCAGGUUAAUCACGCAAAACAUAAACGUGUCGUUUCUCAACGCCGAAAAGGCCCGCAAAAAGGUCAUCCCCUGGAAGGCCAUCGCCCUGUCGUUGCCGAUGUGGGCCAUAGCUGUGGCCAAGUUUUGCGGCGCGUGGGGUAACCUUAUGCUGAUGUCCAAACUGCCCACAUAUCUCGAGUCCGUACUUCACAUGUCCAUCGAAAUGAAUGGGAUAAUAACAGCCGUAGUGUACAUAGCGUUGAGUAUAUCUCUGACUGCGUGUGGUUUCUUCAGCGAUUGGAUCGGACAGAAGAGACUCAUCGACGACACGCUUUCCCGAAAGAUCUUCGAGUCGAUAGCAUUGGGCGGACCCGCCAUAUGUCUGGCACUCGUGCCUCUCGUCAAAUGCGACCUCACUUUAGUGAUUGUCCUUUUGGUGAUUGCGAUGAUUAUAUUUGGUCUGAACGCAGGCGGCGAUAAACCAGUGGUGGUGGACAUCGCGCCCGACCACUCGGGCACCAUCUAUGGCAUAACCAACGCCAUCGCCAGUUUGCCCGGCAUUCUGGCCCCGCUAUACGUCGGCUACUUCUUGGAGGGCAGUUACGGAAGUCUUAAGCAGUGGAAUAUAGUGUUCUACUCGUCCGCCGGUUUCUAUCUCUUUGGACUCGUAUUCUUCGUGAUCUUCGGAACGGCUCGACCGCAGAAGUGGGGCGUAAUGGAGGGCCGAUCGCGGGGACCGACGUUCGCCAGGUCUCGGGCGCCCACAUAUGCCUCCAGCUAUAAGAACGUGUCGGCGCCGACCACUCCUCGAUCCGUACUCAAGACAAUCAACUCAACCAAUGGUGCCAUCACUGGAUCGCAUCCCAGUGUCUUCUCGAUUACGUUCGCCGAAACAAAUCCGCAAAACAAUGUCAACGGAUCUCAAACUGCGGACGAAGUGGUGGACAAUGAGUUGAAUUACGACGAAGAAGAAGACGAGGAAAUUGAUUACAACCACUAUUUUAAAGAAAGACGUUUCAGUAUUUUUCCCAUCCCUUAA